AUGAACAGGUGGACGACGCUAGCUAGGCCGUUUUUCAGGCUGAAUACGGCUUCUUUUGCACAAUUUAGAUGCAUAUCAAACACACGGGUAUGCCACAACAAUCCAUUUGGAAAACUUACAAGCACAACCGCAGAUGAAUCAGUUUCAAAUGACUCUGCCAAGUCACCAAAUACCAAUACGCCAGCAAAGGCAACUAGUUCUGAGAUUAGAAAUAAGGAUGGAGAUAUCGAUGUGAAUUUGAUCACGCCGCAGAAUGAUGAGCAAUUAAUUGAAUACUACAAGAAACAAGCUGAAGAGGACCGUUCGAGAAGGAUUGAGAGUCUUGUUCAUCCUUUGAAAGUACAGCUUUAUGAUAAAGUUGUUGAAGCAAAUGGGUUUUUCAAAAAUGGCCAAACUGUGACCCAUGAAGGUUGUGCUUAUAAACUUCAUUUGACUGAUGAAGAGCUUGAGGUGUUGGAGCCUUCGAUAUUUAUUGAGUCGCUUCGUAUCAAGUCAUCGAUGAAAAAGGCUACUGUUGUCAAUCGGUUUGUGCGUAAGAUGGAUGUCAAAACGGCUAUAACACAACUCCACUUUAAUCACAAGAAGAUGGCUACUGAGUUGGAGAAAUUGUUGAAGCAAGGUUUGGAAAAGGCGCGUCAAAUGGGAUACGAUGAGGAUAAGCUUUAUAUUGCUAGGUUGUGGACUGGUAGUGAUGGUGAAUGGAGGAAAAGAUUGGAUAUUAAAGGUAGAGGUAGACACGGUAUAAUCCAACACAGGUAUGUGCAUUUGAAAGCGGUAUUGAAAACAGAGCAGACUAAAAAGAGACUCGCGUGGGAGAAGAAGCAAAAGGAGAUUGCUAGAAAGCCAGAGAUGCCUUUGAAUAACGAACCUUUGAACUUGAGUGUGAGGCCAUGGUACAAGUGGUAG